ACAGUCGGGCGAGGGGUGGCGCGGCAGGAGCUGUCCAACUUUUCAGCACAGUUUCCUCACCGCUGCCCGCAGGAAGGCGGCAGCCGCCGCCCCUGCCCGCCCGACGCGGCCCGACCGCCGACAGCAUGGAGGCGGAGAGCAGCAGCGGCUUGUCCGCGAUGCCCAGCGGCAGCGACGGCGGCAACGACGGUAGUGGGGGUCUCAAAGCCCCGAAGCAUCUGUGGCGGCAAGAUCAGCACUACCCACCGCAGCUGCGACAGCACCAGUUCCUCCAGCACCAGCAGCACCCCGGGCAGCCGCCGCCUUCUCCCGUGUCGCGGGGCCGCUGCCUGGCCGGGGCUCGCGUCAGGCACCGCGGCUACUCCGACACGGAGCGGUACCUCUACUGCCAAGCCAUGGACCGCGCCUCCUACGCCGUGGAGACCGGCCACCGGCCCGGCUUGAAAAAAUCGCGGAUGUCCUGGCCCUCCUCCUUCCAGGGACUCAGACGUUUCGAUGUAGACAAUGGUACAUCAUCAGGACGAAGUCCUUUGGACCCCAUGACAAGCCCUGGGUCAGGGCUAAUUCUUCAGGCAAAUUUUGUCCACAGCCAACGUAGGGAGUCUUUCCUUUACCGGUCAGACAGUGAUUAUGAUCUGUCUCCAAAGUCUAUGUCCAGGAAUUCCUCCAUUGCCAGUGAUAUACAUGGAGAUGACUUGAUUGUGACACCAUUUGCUCAGGUUCUGGCCAGCCUGCGUACUGUCCGGAAUAACUUUGCUGCAUUAACCAAUUUACAAGACCGGGCACCCAGCAAAAGAUCACCAAUGUGUAGCCAACCAUCUAUUAACAAAGCAACUAUAACAGAGGAGGCCUACCAAAAACUGGCUAGCGAGACCAUGGAGGAGCUGGACUGGUGCCUGGACCAGCUGGAGACCCUGCAGACCAGGCACUCCGUCAGCGAAAUGGCCUCGAACAAGUUUAAAAGAAUGCUCAACCGUGAGCUAACCCACCUCUCUGAAAUGAGCAGGUCAGGCAAUCAGGUCUCAGAAUAUAUAUCAAACACUUUCUUAGACAAGCAACAUGAAGUUGAAAUCCCUUCUCCAACACAGAAAGAGAAAGAGAAAAAGAAGAGGCCAAUGUCCCAGAUCAGUGGAGUCAAAAAACUCAUGCACAGCUCCAGCCUAACGAAUUCCAGUAUUCCCAGGUUUGGAGUUAAAACAGACCAAGAAGAUGUCCUUGCCAAGGAACUUGAAGAUUUGAACAAGUGGGGCCUUCAGGUUUUCAGAGUAGCAGAGUUAUCUGGAAAUAGACCUCUGACUGUCAUCAUGCACACUAUUUUUCAGGAGCGGGACUUGUUAAAAACUUUUAAGAUUCCAGUAGAUACUUUAAUAACUUACUUGAUGACCCUGGAAGACCAUUACCAUGCAGAUGUGGCGUACCACAAUAACAUACAUGCUGCAGAUGUUGUUCAGUCAACCCAUGUUCUACUCUCAACCCCAGCAUUAGAGGCGGUGUUCACUGAUUUGGAGAUUCUUGCAGCAAUUUUUGCCAGUGCAAUACAUGAUGUAGAUCAUCCUGGGGUUUCAAACCAAUUUCUUAUCAACACAAAUUCUGAACUCGCCUUGAUGUACAAUGACUCAUCAGUACUGGAGAAUCAUCACUUGGCUGUGGGUUUCAAGCUGCUGCAGGAAGAAAAUUGUGACAUUUUCCAGAAUUUGACCAAAAAACAGAGACAAUCAUUGAGGAAAAUGGUCAUUGACAUUGUGCUUGCAACAGAUAUGUCUAAGCAUAUGAAUCUACUGGCUGAUUUAAAAACUAUGGUUGAAACUAAAAAAGUGACCAGUUCUGGUGUCCUGCUUCUUGAUAACUAUUCAGACAGGAUUCAGGUUCUUCAGAAUAUGGUGCACUGUGCAGAUUUGAGCAACCCUACCAAGCCGCUCCACCUCUACCGCCAAUGGACAGAUAGAAUAAUGGAAGAAUUUUUCCGUCAGGGAGACCGGGAACGAGAGAGGGGAAUGGAGAUAAGUCCCAUGUGUGAUAAGCACAAUGCAUCUGUAGAAAAAUCACAGGUGGGUUUUAUAGAUUACAUUGUUCAUCCUUUGUGGGAGACAUGGGCAGAUCUCGUUCACCCGGAUGCCCAGGAUAUCUUAGAUACACUGGAGGACAAUCGAGAAUGGUACCAGAGCACAAUCCCUAGAAGUCCCUCUCCUGCACCUGAAGAAAAGGAAGAGGGAAAGCAGGGUCAAACUGAAAAAUUCCAGUUUGAACUAACGCUGGAGGAAGAUGGUGAGUCAGACACCGAAAAGGACAGUGGAAGUCAAGUAGAAGAAGACACCAGCUUCAGUGACUCCAAGACUCUUUGCACCCAGGAUUCAGAAUCCACUGAAAUUCCUCUUGAUGAGCAAGUAGGGGAAGAAGUGGAGGAGGAUGAGAACCAAACAGCAGAGCCUUGUGUCGUAGAAGAAUAUUCUCCUGAUACAUAACAAUGAAAACACAGUCUCCUUCUCUUGCUCACUCCCUUUCUUUUCCUCUU